AUGCGGCGGCCACGGCGGGGGCACCCACGGAGCUCCGCGCUAGAGGGUCCCGCCGAGGGCGCCGGCACAGGCGGGGCCAGGCGGGCCUUCCCCGGGGGAAAUGCCCGAGGAAGUGAGAGCGCCCGCCCCGCCCCGCCCGGGCCUCCCCAGGCGGCCCGCUCGGGGGCCGAGCAAGGCGCGCAGGCAGAGAUGUGGCUGGUCGCGCUGCUGCUGCCGCUGCUGCCGCUGCCGCGCGGCCUCCGCGGACACGGAAGGGGCGCCCCGGCGCCGCCCGCGAACGCGCAUUUCCAGGAGGCCCGCCUCUUCCAGCACCUGCUGCGCUGGGCGCCCCCGGCCGCGGGACCCCUUCCCAGCAACAGCCUCCGCUACGACGUCGAGUACCGCCAGUACGGCAACGGCAGCUGGACCCCCGCGCCGAGCUGCACGCGCGUCGCCUGCUGCUCCUGCGACCUCUCCUACGAGACGCGGAAGCCCGCGCAGCGCUACCUGGCCCGCGUCCGGGCGGUGGCCGGCAGCCGCGCCUCCCGCUGGACCCCGCCCGCCGUCUUGCAGCCCAGGCAAGCAACUCUGCAUUUGUCCAACGUCAGCUUGUCCGUCAGUGGCUGCACCAUACACGUGUCUCUCCAGCUGCCUGCCAGCCCAUGGGACAACAUCACCUAUGAGGACAGCCACCCUUGGCAGAGGGAAUACCAUGUGCACAUUCGCACGGUCUCCAGUGGUGCCUGGUCCCUGCAUGUGGCGACCAGCCUGGAAUUCGACCUGCCAGCACUGCUGCGAGGCGAGCGUUACUGCAUCAGUGUCGAGCCGCGCGUCGUCUCUCGGCCAAACCCCGCCGAGCGGACGGAGGAGCAGUGCAUCCUGAUACCAGCCCUGCCAGACCACGCGGGGAGCGCCCUGGCCGCGUCUGGGGUGUCCCUCCUCGGUCUGAUGGCGAUCGGCAUCUUGGGCCUGGGCUCCGGCUUGGCCUGUGCCUACGUGAAGAAGCCCACAAAGACCCCGCAUGUGCUGGAAUCCCUGCUGAAGUGCAGCUCCCCCUGGCUGCGGAGUGAGCUUCGGCCCACGGGGGUGAAAGACGUGGUCCUGUGGGUAGAGGCGGAGGCCGUCCAGCAACUCUCCUUCGUGGUUCUGAAGGACUGCAGCAGCAGGAUCCACGGCCUGGGAUCAUCGCUGCCGCCCUCACCUUUGGGGAAAAGCUGCGGGGUUUCCCAGUGGCCCGCAGAGGGCGACGGGGUGGGGGACCUCAUGGACAGCAGCAGCUGCAGCACGGACAGCGGCAUCUGCCUGCAGGAGCCCUCGGGCAGCCUGAAUCAGCUUUGGGGUGGCAGGAAGCCGUGCCUGGACAGCGGGGGACACAGCGGCCUCCAGGAAGGGGCCUGUGCGGAGGAGCAGCAGCUGCAGGGGCCUUGCGGUGUGCAGGAGGGGCUGCAACCCAUGUGCCCACCCCAGGUACAGUUCUCUGGAUACCAGAAGCAGUCGGGAAGCCCCCUGGAGGUUUUGGGCUGUUCCGUGGAUCCCUCCGGCACAGGGGAGACGGCGGCCUCUGAGCCCAGCUUGGCCACUGGCUACCUGAAGCAAGCCUCCUUUGGUGCCCACACAAGCCCUGGGGGCAUGUCCUCCGCCGAGGACGCUCAUGACAAAGUGGACUGGAGGACAGCACACAUGCCGGGGAGCCUGUCCCCUGGUGUCUUGGGGGCCCUGGAGUUCCCCGUGACCCUUCAGGCACUGGGCUUUGUGGAGCAGGAAACGGCUCUCCCCUCUCUACACCCGUGGCUGAGCAGCACCCAGCCGGGCCUGGACCUCAGUGCCCUGGCCCUCCCGGAGCCCUGGGCGUGAGCGGGCUGGCCAGCCCCCCGGGGAGAAGACUGGGAGA